AUUAUAUUUCAGAAGUUAUACAAUCGAUUACUUCGUAGCAUUACACUGUAUUAUUUUAAAGAAGUCAACGAAGGAUGACAAUGAGGAGGAUAAUAAUAAAUAUUUAUAUAACGAUAGCAUCUUCGAUAAUUACAAAUAUGAAUUGACAGGUUUCAUAAUUUUGAACAAUAGUUAUGAAGUAUAAGUUUUAACGAAAUAUCACGUGACCAAUUAUCAAUUCAAUAUAACGUCGAAAGAUGGAACCACUAAAGAGGCAAAGUUGGCAUAUAGGAAAAGGAAAGAAAUCUCUGGGGUAAAGUCGUGUGAGUUGGUGUUGUCGGUUUUAAUUCACAGCUAUCCAUAUUAUGUGGAAGUAAUUGCUUUGUCCACAUUUUUCAUAACAAAGCACUACUUCUAUGAGUAUUUUUAUACGCAUACAUAUAUGUCGGAGAUAUAUAUAUGUGUGUGGAUGGGAUAUAUGAACGAUUUGUACAUUAUCAAUAUAUGUAUAUGAAUAUAUGUACUACCUACCAUAGAAAUAUACGUGGAACAUUAUUAAGUUUCAUCAUUUUUAAUUAAUCUGUAAAAAUAAAUAUGGAUACCUCAACAAAGUUGAAUGAUGAUACUGAAUUAGAAACAAUAAGCCAAUGUUCAGUUUUGAAUGAAUCAAAAAAUGAUUCAUUAGAACAUACUCAUCAAGUUGACGCUACAAAUGUUGCUCAGAAAGAAAAACAAAAUGUAGACGAAGUCAAUGAUAUCAAAGAUGCAAUAAAUGAAGUUGAUAUAAAUGAAAGUGAUUCAGAAGAUAUUGUCACCCCGAUUAUCGAUAAGCAAGAUAAUAUCGAAAUAGAAGAAAUAAAAACGGAACAGGAAAAUGAAAAUUUGACAGAUGAUACAUCAUCGAAUGCAGAUACUGUGAAAGAAAGUUGUGAAGAUUCUACGACAGAUACAACAGAAAAUAAUAUUGAUAAUAUAAAAAGAAAGCGUAGAACUUCAAGUACACAAGAAAGUGCUUCACUUUCUGAAGAAAAUGAAGUUAAAAGCAAACGAAAAAAACUGAAAAAUGCAAAUGAUAAAUAUUGUUGGAGGUGUCACAAAGAUUCAACAGAAGUACAUUGUAGUGCUUGUCCGCGAUCGUGGCAUCGUAGAUGUUUGGGGGGUACACCACCGAUUUCUGUUCAUAACUGGAUUUGUGGCGAAUGUGCUACAAUAUUGAAAGCAGAAAAUGCAGAAACGCGUUCUGUUGCAAUGGCACAAUUAUCAGUUGAUCAAUUAUGUAUGUUGCUUAAAAAUGUAGUUCAAAGAAUGCGUGAAUAUUCUGGUUCCGAACCAUUUUGGAAGCCUGUAGAACUCAAUGAAGCUCAAAACUACUUGGAUUAUGUUGUUAAGCCAAUGGAUUUAAAUCUUUUAGAAUCUAAUGUACGUUUAAAACUUUAUGGCAGUACUGAUGCAUUUAUGUCUGAUGCAAAAUGGAUACAGCACAAUUGCAUUGUUUAUAAUACAUGUGGUGGAGUUUAUGCUGAUACAUCUAAAUUAACCAAUACUGCAAAACAAAUAAUUAAAGUGGCACGUCAAGAGGUAUCAGAAAUUGAGGCUUGUCCUGAUUGUUAUGCACAUUCGCGUAACUUAUUUAGGCCACAACCUUCAUGGUUUAUCGAGCCUUGUCGUCAACCACAUCCACUUGUAUGGGCUAAAUUGAAAGGUUUUCCUUUUUGGCCUGCUAAAGCUAUGCCAAGAUUAAAUUCUCAAGGUUUUGUAGAUGUCCGUUUUUUCGGCGAACACGAUCGGGCAUGGAUACCACCUCGAGAUCUUUAUUUAUAUUCUGAAUAUCCACCUGUUCCAUUGCCUCGAAAAAGAAAAGUAGAUAUGGACGAAUGCGUUAGAGAAAUUACCCGACACUGUCGUAAACUUGAGCUUGUAUUUGGUAAAUUUAAAUUUGCACCACCGAAAGUACAAUACAAUCCGCACGAUCCAAUGCAAAUAAAACUUAUGCUACCAAACUACGAUCCACUUCAACCAAAUAAUUGUACAUCUUCUGAAUUUUUGGUACCUAAAAAGAAGGCUGCUUUUCGAAAACGUAAUCUUUCUGUCAAGGAUAAAUCACAAACUGAAACUUCUGCUAUUGACUACAAACUUGAUUCUGAUAUGAUUGCUUCUGACGAUGAAAAUAAAUCCCGAAAUAAAACACAGAAAUUAACCACUUCUGAUCAAUCUUCUCCAAGCUCAGACAGUAGUAUUAAUUUAGAUAUGCAGCAAAGUGAAUUUAAGAAGAAAUUGAUUAACAUGGAAAACAAGACGUCUAUGGAAGAUGUAUCAGCAGAAGAAAAUGAAUCUAUUAAAUCAGAUCAAAAGAAUAUCGAUGAAACUAAUACAAAUGCUCAUCUACAAAGAUCUAAUGAGUCUAAUGUAUCUGUAUUAAAAAGUAAUUUACAUGAUAAUUUAACACCUACUGACCAAGUUUCAAAACAAAGUGAACCUUUAAAAAUGGAGCAAACAUCGAAGAAACAUUCCAUUGUAAAACCUACUGCCAAUAAAAGUAAUGUUACUGAAAUUUUAAAAAUAACAUCUAGGCUCAAUAAAAGUACUGCUAAAGUUUAUAAACCAAAAACAAGGUUAGUUGACAAAUUAAAUGCAGAAAAAGCUUUAAAAUCUUUUUCAGAAAGUGAACAAAAAAAUAAAACAGGAUUAACAAACAAGGAAUCAAUCGUUCCACUUACUCUAUCUUUAUUACAAAGUGACAAACACGAUCUACCGAAUAAAACAAUAACAAAUCCAACUGUUACGUCAUCUGUUUCUACAUUCGCUACCAUAUCACAAAACAUACGAUCUUUUGCAUCAUAUUCAACAUUAGGUCAAACAACACUUGUGACAAAUAAUAAAUCGGUGGAUACAGUACAACAGUCUACAUUAACAGAGGGUAAUUCAACAAGUAAAGAAAGUUGCACAAUUACAAAAUCAGGCUCAAAAGAACAAAAAAAGGAGAGCAGAGCAAAAAAAUCUUUCUCUAUCAAACCAUCUGUUUAUCCACAAGUUACACUUCAUUCAUCAUCGAAUACAUUAUCUAGUUCAACAGAAUCUAUUCCAACUCCUCAGAAAGAUUAUUCUAUUGGAUAUCAAUUACUUCCUCCAGAAGCUGGACCACUUAGUGCUCGUUUGUAUCAUGGUGCUGAAGAAUUAGCAAAAAGAAUGGCUCAGUUAAUGGAGGAAGCAUAUAGAGAAGCUGCUCAUAACAGUCAAAAUUGUGAAGAUGAUACCACCGAUGAGCGUCAUGCCACAGUACACUUUUUACGAUUACAGAUUGAACGCAUGAGGUGGCAACACCAACAACAAUUAGCAGAACUAAAACACAAUACUGAUCGUAUGUUAAGAGAAAUGAAAGCAAGUCUGGAAGCAGAACGGCUUCGAGCUAUCGAAGAAACUCGUAGAGAAAUAGAACAAGAAAAAAUGAAAUGUAUCGAAGAGACAAAACGUAAACAAUGGUGUGCUAUGUGUCAUCGUGAAGCAUUAUUUUAUUGUUGCUGGAAUACAGCUUAUUGUGAUUAUUCAUGUCAGCAGUCUCAUUGGCCAACUCAUAUGAGAACAUGUGCUCAAAAGCCUUCUUUUACUACAAUAGUUACAACUACAGCCGUAGGAUCAAGUCAACAACAGAAUAUUAAUACGAAAGUAAGUAACCCAGCGUGCAGAGCUUAUUCUUUACCACAUAAUAAAUCACCUGGAUUAUCAAAGUCUCAUUAUGUUUCAUGUUCUAAAAAUGAAGACAAAUAAAAUCUUUCAUUAUA